AUGCCAAUCCAAAAGAUUGUGGAUUUUUUCUUGAAGGAGGUGGUCAGGUACGAGAAUGAGAAGGAUCCAAAUGCAAUUUCAUGGUGUAAAGCAAUAGGCUCCAUGGGUGAAACCAUAAGUUUCAAGGGAGAAAUGUCUUCGUGCUUCUGGCAAUAUUUCCUGGAAUCUGGGAGGAAAAAAUUGUUUGAAUACAACAAAAUGAACAAAACCAAAAUAAAAGUAGUACGAGGACACACUAUAAAAGCAGGUGAUCUGGAGAAUUUA